CUCUACAAUCUGCUGAUGGGAUCAGUGGAGCCAUUAAUCACUAUGUCAAGUGAGAGAGGUCGGGGUAGUGGGGACCACAGUCCUGCUUCCACCCUCAUGCUCAGCAGGACCGAGAGUGACUACAGAGUGACCUCGGAGGAAGAACCCCCACCUUUUGUUCCACCUCCUCUUCACUCUCCACCUCCUCCUCCUCGCCCUUCACCUCCACCAGCUCCAAGGCCACUGCACCUUGAAGAUGAGAAUUACUUUGCAGAUGAUGAGAGCGAGGAGCCUUAAAUAUUUUGAACAGUUUUUGUAAAUAAACUUCUUUUGUUCUAAUAAAC